AUGUACCUCAAUCCGAGCAUUCUUGCCAUAGCGCUCUCAAUCAAUGGGCUUACCUCUGCUAAGCCCAUCGAUAGGACGUUCCACGCUGUGAAGCGAGAAGAUCCUGUGUCCUAUCCCUACGGCGAUGCACUCCCCAACGAAUUUCAGUGGCUCGGCUGGGACCCCGAAGAUGAAACCCAAAAGUCAGAAGGCCAAAAGAUACACGAAGCGUUCAAACAAUGGGCAGACCUAGCCAAAGCAGGCAUUACGGCAGCCUCAGGCGCUCCCGACAAUGUGCACUUCAAACGCUUCUUUGGCACCCAAGACGCGGACGAUACCAAGGCCAUUCAAAACACCAUGGCAAACAUGUUCGACAACACAGCAGAUUCGGCUACAGAAACCAUAAAGAAGAUGGUCCUUGAGCGUUCCGACUUUGGCGACCAUUGUGAGAAAGAUGGUUGGUUCGCCUACACGACUCCUACAGAUGGGCACUUUCACCUGUGUCCCAAGGCCAUUGCUCUGAAGCAAAAUUCCGAGACCCAAUGUUCGGAUUUCAAGCGCGACUACAUCGACAACACGGCCAGGACGCUGUCUUUUGUGAUGCUACACGAGUUCACGCACUACGACUUUGUAGCCGAUGACCGGAUUGGCGCGAUCAUAGAUAACGCCAUACUGUCUACUGAUUGCUUCAAACUGGACGAUGACGAUAAGCUUGAAAAUGCCCAGAGCUAUGCGUUCAAUGCUGCAGACCAAUACUGGUCCGAUAAAUGUCCAGACAAAGACUUCAAGGACCCGGUUAAACCCACACCAACUCCCACACCGACGCCAACACCGACUCCCACCCCAACUCCCGAACCCGUAGCCCCUUACGCCGACCAACCCGGCCAAUGCCACAUCCACGUCAACGAAUACGAAACCUGCGACUCGCACGACGACAAUCUCAGCGUCGAAAUAACCAUGUGGGACGUUUCCGGCGCGCAAAUCGGCUACGUCGAUAAGACCAAAGCCGGAGCUGGAAACACGCUGAUGAUGAAGAGCAAGCUGGAAAACACCCUCGAAGUCACGCCGGAGAACCAGCACGACUACAUCCAAUUCACCUUAGGCGGGCAGUCUUGGGCGACGAAUAAAGACAACGACGAGAGUGCGCCGGUGUAUUGUAAAGUCGGGGGCUGGGACCCAAAGGCUGGUCCGGUGUGUAAUGAGUUUGAUAGUGGGACAGCUCAAGAGUCUAAGAGGCAGAUGGAUUGUUAUUUUCAGUGCCCUUGGGGUGGUGGAGCGACGUCUGAUGGGUCGUAA